AUGUACAAAGGCGAGCUUAUCCCUGGCGGUGGAGGUGGCGGAGGUGGCGGCGGAGGCGGAAGCGGAGGCGGUAGCGGAGGCGGAAGCGGAGGCGGAAGCGGGGGCGGAAGCGGAGGUGGCGGCGGUGGAGGUGGCAGCGGAGGCAGCGGAGGCGGUGGAUCUGGCGGUGGAAGCGGCAACGGAGGCCAAGACUAUGCCAAUAAUAAUGACGACUAUUAUGCGGAUGGCGGUGGCAAUGGCGGUGGCGGUGGCGGCGGCGGUGGAGGCAGUCAUAGUGAACGGCAUGAGUCGUCAUGGAACUCUUCAUCAUCGCAUUCAGAAUCAUCGAGUUGGAACAGUUCAUGGUCUUCGCAUGGAUCAGGCGGAUCGAAUUCACACUAUGAUGCAAAGAAUGGCUGGAAAAAACAUGGUAAAAAUGAAGAAGAACAUGAGAGACACACCCAAAUGAGCGAAGAAGCACAUCAUUCUUUUGAAGAAGAAAAUCACAAAGAUUGGAACGAGGCGAAACAUAAAAAGUGGCACGAGGAUCGUAAGAAGUGGGACCACAAUAAUCACAAAGGCGGAAAACACAAGCAUCAUCAUCACGAUUGGACCGAAAAUGAUCACAAAGAUUGGCAUUCCAAGCAUCAUGAACACUGGCAUCAUGAAUCUCACGACCGAUAUAGUAAAGAAUCGGAGAAACAUUGGAGUAGAGAGCAAAGUGAAAAACACAAAAGCAACGAAUCAGGAGGGGAUGACAACAACAACUCAGGAGGGGAUGACAACAAUAAUUCAGGAGGGGUAUGA